GCGGACCGAGCUACCCUGCGCCGGGUGCUGGGCGCGGGUUCCGGCUCCGGGAGGGAUGGAGGCGGGCGGCGUGGCCGACUCGCUCCUUUCCGGAGCUUGUGUGCUCUUCACCCUCGGCAUGUUCUCCACCGGCCUGUGAGAGCGCGGCCGGGCCGGGCUGGGCAGGACCAGGAAAUCAGCUCGGACCUCAGGCACAUGCGGAGGACUCGGAGCGUGGACAGUGUCCAGUUCCUGCCCUUUCUCACCACGGAUUUCAACAACCUGAGCUGGCUGAGUUACGGGGCCUUGAAGGGUGAUGGGACUCUAAUCAUCGUCAACGCCGUGGGUGCUGUGCUUCAGACCCUGUAUAUCUUGGUAUAUCUGCACUACUGCCCUCGAAAGCAUACUGUGCUCCUUCAGACUGCAGCCCUGCUGGGGGUCCUUCUCCUGGGUUUUUGCUACUUAUGGUUGGUGGUGCCAGACCCUAAGGCCCGGCUUCAGCAGCUGGGCCUCUUCUCCAGUGCCUGCACCAUCAGUAUGUACCUCUCACCACUGGCUGACUUGGCCAAGGUCAUUCAGACUAAAUCAACUCAACGUCUCUCCUUCUCACUCACCGUUGCCACCCUCUUGACCUCUACCUCCUGGACCCUCUACGGGUUUCAACUCAGAGAUCCCUACAUCAUGGUGCCCAACUUCCCAGGGAUCCUCACCAGCCUCAUUCGCUUCUGGCUUUUCUGGAGGUACCCCCAGAAGCAAGACAGGAACUAUCAGCUCCUGCAAACCUGAGGCAGUUCACCUGAUCACUGGCACCUUAAGGCCAACUUAUUACCAAAGAGAGUGCCUAAUUUCAGCUGUUCCUGCCAACCAGCUCCACGGGUGCAGUGGGUUGUGCGAAAGAAGUAACUUUGAGAAUUGAGAAACCAAAAAGAAAGAGUUUUAGUUAGAGGAUUAGGAGAUGAACCACUUUAUUUCUUAGAGAUCCUAUUUUCUAAUUUUGGAGGUUGGGGUGAAAUCUUUAGAAUGUGCCUUAAAAUAAACUUCCCUAUCCUUGCCCCUCAA